GCACAAUUCAACCUCACCUCCAACCAAACCCCAACACGAAAAUGACGAAAACAUCAGCCCCAGAAAUUCCACCGGAGCUCCUAGCUAAGCUAGCAGGGCAGAUCAUGCAAGAUCCCGGGGUUCCAGUGGAAGGGCCUACCGUUUCAGCCUGGCAAGAGCCAGCACAUCCUCUCGCAACCAUCCGAUCGGAAAGCUUGCCUCAGCGUACUGAUUUUGCCAUCAUUGGAUCCGGCAUCACCGGUUGUAGCGUUGCCAAAACGCUUCUUCAAAGCGAUCUCGCAGGCAAUAAGAAAGUUACCGUUUUCGAAGCUCGCUCUCUGACAACUGGAGCAACGAGUCGCAAUGGGGGCUUUUUGUUGAGCCAGGCCCCAUUGCUUUUCAAUCGUUAUGCCGAUGCAUUUGGACCCGAGGCUGCAAAGCAGAUUGCCCUGUUCUGUGACCUUACGCUGGAGAGGAUCGUCGGGCUGGCCAAGGCAGAGAACCUUGAUAAGGAGAGCCAGAUCAGGGACGUCACAACGGUCACGACUUUCGAAGACGCAGAACGCUUCGCCGAGGCCACCGAGUCUAUCCACAUGUAUGAAGAAGCUGUUUCCAAGGCCAAGGGAAUACAUACAGUUUUAAGUAAGGAAGAAGCUGAGGAGGAAUAUAGUUUCAAGAAGACCACCGGUGCUAUUGUGGUCAAGUCUCGUGUUUUCUGGCCAUACAGACUGGUGACAAACCUUUUUCAGCGCCUUCUUGAACACUAUCCAGAACGGUUCUCCAUUGAAACCCAGACACCGGUAACUUCAAUCACGCUCUCCGAUGAUUCCGACUACGAAUACCCAUAUGUUCUGUCCACCCCCCGAGGAAUAGUGAGAGCUGCAAAGAUCUUCCACUGUGUGAGUGGCUUCACGGGCCACCUUUUGCCUAAACUCAGGGGGCCUAUCUUCCCAUGCCGACUGUCCAUGUCAACCCAAAAGCCAGGACCCCAGUGGGGGAAUCGAGCAAACUCAUGGCUCUUCCACGCAAAGCAAUCGUAUGAUCCUAGCACCACGUGUGUGGAACAAGGUCUGUACUGGAUGCAGCAAAAUGCAGAAACUGGUGAUCUUUUCGUUGGAGGAGACCUACAGAGAUUAGACGAUUUCUUGUCAUCUGACGACUCAGUUAUCAGUGCCGACACCAUUGGUAAUCUUACAACCUUGCUCCCCAAGAGAUUGUUUAACAAGGGGUGGACCAACCCGAUCACUAAUACCCCGCUCUCCUCUGCUACUGCCCUUCACCGAAUUUGGUCUGGAAUACUCAGCAUGACGCCUGAUCAAAUCCCGAUUGUGGGAAGUGUGCCAACAAGUGUGAGUGACAGGAAUGUAGAGGGGGGCGAGUGGAUAGCGGCUGGCUUCAACGGAUACGGCAUGUCACAGUGCUGGCUAUGCGGCCAGGCUAUUGCUCGCAUGGCAUUGGGAGAGUCGAAGCCUGCGUGGCUACCAGAUGUGUACUUGAGUACUGCAAAGCGUCUAACGAAUGAGGCAACUAUGGGUCCAGAAGCAGCUCUGGCGUCCUUCUUCACCAGAUGAUAGUGGGGAUCUAGCAUCCACUAGCGGCCUGAAUAUGCCGAUAUUUG